AUCAAGUGAGAAUGAAAACACUUCACACCAAAACCCUUGGGACACAGCAAAGGCAGUACUCGGAGGUCAAUUUAUAACAAUAGAUGCAAACAUCAAAAAAGAAGAAAGGGACAAAAUCAAAAUAUUAGCUACACUGGAAAAACAUACCUUGCUCGUGGAUAGGAAGACUUAACAUUAUAAAAAUGUCUAUUCUACCAAAAGCAAUCUAUGCAUUUAAUGCAGUUCUGAUCCAAAUCCCAAUGACAUUCUUUAAUGAGAUGGAGAAACAAAUCACCAACUUCAUAUGGAAGGGAAAGAGGCCCCAGAUAAAUAAGGCAUUAUUGGAAAAGAAGAACAAAGUGGAAGGCCUUACUUUACCUGAUUUUAGAACCUACUAUACUGCCACAGUAGUCAAAACAGCCUUGUACUGGUACCAAAACAGAUACAUGGACCAAUGGAACAGAAUUGAGAAUCCAGAUAUAAGUCCAUCCACAUAUGAGCAGUUGAUAUUUGACAAAGGCCCCAAAACAGUUAAAUGGGGAAAAGACAGUCUUUUUAACAAAUGGUGCCAGCAAAACUGGAUAUCCACCUGCAAAAAAAUGAAACAAGACCCGUACCUCACUCCAUGCACAAAAACUAACUCCGAAUGGAUCAAAGACCCAAAUAUAAAAUCUAAAACGAUAAAGAUCAUGGAAGAAAAAAUAGGGACAACGUUAGGAGCCCUAAUACAUGGCAUAAACAGUAUACAAAACAUUAUUAAGAAUGCAGAAGAAAAAUUAGAUAACUGGAGCUCCUAAAAAUCAAACACCUAUGCUCGUCCAAAGACUUCACCAAAAGAGUAAAAAGACUACCUACAGACUGGGAAAAAGUUUUUAGCUAUUACAUUUUUUAUCAGCGCCUGAUCUCUAAAAUCUACAUGAUACUGGAAAAACUCAACUGCAAAAAGACAAAUAAGCCAAUAAAAAAAUAGGCAAAAAAUAUGAAUAGACACUUAAUUAAAGAAGACAUUUAGGUAGCUAACAGAUACAUGAGGAAAUGUUCACGAUCAUUAGCCAUUAGAAAAAUGCAGAUCAAAACUACAACGAGAUUUUAUCUCACUCCAACAAGGCUGGCAUUAAUCCAAAAACCACAAAAUAAUGAAUGUUGGAGAGGCUGUGGAGAGAUUGGAACACUUCUGCACUGCUGGAGGGAAUGUAAAAUGGUACAACCACUUUGGAAAUCGAUUUGUCACUUCCUUAAAAAGCUAGAAAUAGAACUACGAUAUGAUCCAGCAAUCCCACUCCUUGGAAUAUAUCCUAGAGAAAUAAGAGUCUUUACACAAAGAGAUAUAUGCAAACCCAUGUUUAUUGCAGCACUGUUUACAAUAGCAAAAACAUGGAAGCAACCAAGGUGCCCAUCAAUGGAUGAGUAGAUAAAUAAAUUAUGGUAUAUUCACACAAUGGAAUACUACGCAUCGAUAAAGAACAGUGAGGAAUCUGUGAAACAUUUCAUAACAUGGAGGAGACUGGAAGGCAUUAUGCUGAGUGAAAUUAGUCAGUUGCAAAAGGACAAAUAUUGUAUAAGACCACUAUUGUAAGAACUUGAGAAAUAGUUUAAACUGAGAACAAAACAUUCUUUUGUGGUUACAAGAGAAGGGAAGGAGGCAGGGUGGGAGAGGGGCAUUCACUUAUUAGAUAGUAGAUAAGAACUACUUUAGGUGAAGGGAAAGACAGAACACAAUACAGGGGAGGUCAGCACAACUGGACUAAACCAAAAGUAAAGAAGUUUCCUGAACAAACUGAAUGCUUCGAAGGCCAGCAUAGCAGGGGCGGGGGUUUGGAGACCAUGGUUUCAGGGGACAUCUAAGUCAAUUGGCAUAAUAAAAUCUAUUAAGGAAACAUCCUGCAUCCCACUUUCAAGAGUGGCGUCUGGGGUCUUAAAGGCUAGCAAGCAGCCAUCUAAGAUGCAUCGAUUGGGCUCAACCCACCUGGAUCAAAGGAGAAUGAAGAACACCAAGGACACAAGGCGAUUACGAGCCCAAGAGACAGAGAGGGCCACAUGAGCCAGAGACUAUAUCAUCCUGAGACCAGAAGAACUAGAUGGUGCCUGGCUACAACCAAUGACUGCCCGGACAGGGAACACAACAGAGAACCCCUGAGGGAACAGGAGAGCAGUGGGAUGCAGACCCCAAAUUCUCAUAAAAAGACCAGACUUAAUGGUCUGACUGAGACUGAAAGGGCCCUGGUGGUCAUGGCCCCAGACCUUCUGUUGCCCCAGGACAGCAACCAUUCCCGAAGCCGACUCUUUGGACAUGGAUUGGACUGGACAAUGGGUUGGAGAGGGAUGCUGGUGAGGAGUGAGCUUCUUGGAUCAGGUGGACACUUGAGACUAUGUUGGCAUCUCCUGCUUGGAGGGAAGAUGAGAGUGUGGAGGGAGUUAGAAGCUGGUGAAAUGGACAGGAAAAGAGAGAGUGGAGGGAGAGAGCAGCCUGUCUCAUUAGGGGGAGAGUAAUUGGGAGUGUGUAGCAAGGUGUAUAUGGGUUUUUGUGUGAGAGACUGACUUGAUUUGCAAACUUUCACUUAAAGCACAAUAAAAAUUAUUAAAAAAAAUAUUAGCUACACAACUUGAACAAAUAGAAAGAGAACAGCAAAAGAAGCCCACAUCCACCAGAAGAAAGGGAAUAAUAAAGACCAGAGCAGAAAUAAAUGAAAUAGAGAACAGAAAAACAAUAGAAAGAAUCAACAAAACCGAAAGUUGGUUCUCCGAAAGGAUCAACAAAAUUGACAAACCACUGGCCGAAAUGACAAAAGAAAAACAGGAGAGGAUGUAAAUUAGCCAAAUGGGGGACAUUACAACAGACCCAACUGAAAUAAAAAGGAUCAUAACAGAUAUUGUGAAAAACUAUACUCCAACAAAUUUAAAAACCUACAGGAAAUGGGCACAUUUCUAGAAACACGCUACCUACCCAAUCUAAAACAAAAUGAUGUUGAAAAUCUGAACAGAACUAUAACAAGAGAAGAGAUUGAAAACGUAAUUUUAAAAAAACUUCCGACAACAAAAAAAGGCCUGGCCCAGAUGGCUCCACUGGAGGAUUCUACCAAACAUUCAGAGAAGAGCUUACAGCAGUGUUAUUCAAAAUAUUCCAGAACAUAAAAAAGGGAGGGAUACUUCCGAAUUCAUUCUAUGAAGCCAGCAUAACCCUGAUACCGAAACUAGGCAAAGACACAACAAACAAAGAAAAUUACAGACCAACAUCUCUCAUGAAUAUAGAUAGAAAAAAAAUUCAACAAAAUUCUAGCCAAUAAAAUUCAGCAUCAUAUCAAAGUAACACACUUCGAGCAAGUAGGAUUCACACCAGGUCUGCAAGGAUGAUUCAGCAUUAGAAAAUCAGUCAAGGUAAUCUACCAUAUAAAUAAAAGAAUCACAAGAUCAUCUCAGUCGGUGCAGAAAAGGCAAUGGACAAAGUCCAACACCCAUUCCUGAUAAAAACUCUCAAUACAGUAAGUAUAGAAGGGAAAUUCCUCAACAUAAUAAAGGGCAUCUAUGCAACAGCCAACAUCAUUCUUAAUGAACAGAGGCUGAAAACAUUCCCCUUGAGAACAGGAACAAGAUAAGGAUACCUUUUAUCACCACUCCUAUUUAACACUGUGCUGGAAGUCCUAGCUAGAGCGAUAAGGCAAGAAAAAGAAAGAAACAUAAAAAAAAAUCAGUUGGAUUCCUAUACACCAACAAAGAGAAUGACAAAAAGGAAAUCAGGAAAACAAUACCAUUUAUAAUAGCCCCUAAAAAAAUAAAACACUUAGGAAUAAAUUUAACCAGGGAUGUAAAAGACCUAUACAAAGAAAACUACAAAGCACUACUUCAAGAAACCAAGAGACCUACAUAAAUAGGAAAACAUAACAUGCUCAUGGAUAGGUAGACUCAACAUUGUGAAAAUGACAAUUCUACCCAAAGCAAUCUACAAGUCCAAUGCAAUCCCAAUUCAAAUACCAACAACAUUCUUUGAAGAGAUGGAAAAACUAAUCAUUAACUCUAUAUGGAAAGGGAGGAAGCCCCAGAUAAGUAAAGCAAUAUCAAAGAAGAAUAAAGUAGGAGGAUCCACACUACCUCACCUCAGAACCUACUAUACAGCUACAGCAGUCAAAACAGCCUGGUACUAGUACAAUGACAGAUACAUUGACCAAUGGAACAGAAUUGAGGACACAGAUGUGAAUCCAUCUCCUAUGGUCACCUGACCUUUGACAAGGGCUCAAAGACCAUCAAAUGGGGAAAAGACAGUAUUUUUAACAAAUUGUGCUGACAAAACUGGAUAUUCAUCCACAAAAAAAUGAAACAGGGCCCACACCUCACACCAUACACAAAAACUAAUUUGAAAUGGAUCAAAGACCUAAAUAUAGAACAAAAAUCUAUAAAGAUCAUAGAAGAAAAAACAAGAUCAAUGCUAGAGGCCCUAAUACACGGCCUUAACAGGAUACAAACCAUAACUAACAACUCACAAACUCCAGAAAAUAAGCUAGAUAACUAGGAUCUUCUAAAAAUUAAACACUUAUGCUCAUCAAAAGACUUCACCAAAAGAGUAUAAACCGAGAAAAAAAAAUUGGGAUGUCAAAUCUGACAAAGAUCUAAUCUCUAAAAUCUACAGGAAAAUCCAGCACCUCUACACAAAAAGACAAAUAAUCCAAUUAAAAAAUGGGCAAAAGAAACGAACGGACACUUCACCAAAGAAGACAUUCAAGUGGCUAACAGACACAUGAAGAAAUGCUCGAGAUCACUAGCCAUUAGAGAAAUGCAAAUCAAAACCACAAUGAGAUAUCAUCUUACACCAGCAUGACUGGCACAAAUCAAAAAAACAGACAAUAGCAAAUGUUGGAGGGCCUGCUGGGAGAUUGGAACGCAUAUGCAUUCCUGGUGGGAAUGUAAAAUGGUACAACCAUUCUGGAAAAUGGUAUGGUGCUUCCUUAGAAAGCUAGAAAUAGAAAUACCAUAUGAUCCAGCAAUCCCACUCCUAGAGAAAUAAGAGCAGUCACAUGAAUAGACAUAUGCAGACUCACGUUCAUUGCAGCAUUGUUCACAACACCAAAAAGAUGGAAAUAGCUUAGAUGCCCAUCAACAGAUGAAUGGAUAAAAAAAAAAACUAUGGUAAACACACACGAUGGAGUACUAUGCAACAAUGAAGAACAAUGAAGAAUCUGUGAAGCAUCUCACAACAUGGAUGAAUCUGGAGGGCAUUAUGCUGAGUGAAAUAAGUCAAUCACAAAAUGACAAAUAUUGUAUGAGACCACUACUAUAAAAACUCAUGAAAAGGAUUACACACAAAAAGAAACAAUCUUUGAUAGUUACGAGGGAGGGGAGGAGUAGGGACAGAAAAACACUAAAUAGACGAUAGAUAAGAGGUAACUUUGGUGAAGGGUAAGAGAGUAGACAAUACUGGGGAACCCAGCACAACUUGUCCAAGGCUAGGUCAUGGAAGCUCCAUAGACACAUCCAAACUCCCUGAGGGACUAUUAGGCAGCAUCUAAAUCAACUGGUAUAACAUAGUUUAUAAAGAAAAUAUUCUACAUUCUACUUUUGGUGAGUAGCAUUUGGGGUCUUAAAAGCCUGUGAGCGGCCAUCUAAAAUAUUCCACUGGUCUCCCCCCUUCGGGAGCAAGGAAGAAAGAAGAAAACUAAAGAUAUAAGGGAAAUAUUAGUCCAAAGGGCUAGUGGACCACAACUACCACAGCCUCCACCAGACUGAGUCCAGUACAACUAGAUGGUGCCCAGCUACCACCACUGACUGCUCUGACAAGGAUCACAACUGAGGGUCCCGGACAGAGCUGGAGAAAAAUGAAGAACAAAAUUCUAACUCACAAAAAAAGACCAGACUUACUGGCCUGACAGAGACUGGAGAAACCGAGAGUAUGGCUUCCAGACACCCUUUUAGCUGAGUAAUGAAGUCACUCCUAAGGUUCACCCUUCAGCCAAAGAUUAGACAGGCCCAUAAAACAAAGCGAGACUAAAGGGGCACACCAGUCUAGGGACAAGGACUAGAAGUCAGAAGGGGACAGGAAAGCUGGUAAUAGGGAACCCAAGGUCAAGAAGGGAGAGUGUUGACAUGUCAUGGGGGUGUUGACCAGUGUCAUAAAAUAAUAUGUGUACUAACUGUUUAAUGAGAAGCUGGUUUGUUCUGUAAACUUUCAUCUAAUGUACAAUUAAAAAAUAAAAUAAAAUCCAAAAUCCAGACCCACACCCACCUACACCAUGCCAUGGAAAUAUUGAUCACAUCCUUUGUGGCACUACAGAGUUGACUCAAAUUCCCGAGUGCUGCCUCCCACGAAAAUACCACAAAUGGAUGGCUUUAAAGAACAGAAAUUUUUUGUCUCAUAGUUUUGAAGUCUAGGAGUCUGAACACAGAGCAUCAGUAGGGCUAUGUUUUUUCUGUAAACCUUCAUCUAAAGCACAGUUAAAAAAAAAAAAAAGUAAACCUCAGAGGAAACAAACCACCUCAAAAAUAUAAUGGUAAGAUUAGCACCCUGAAGAACUUAAUAUCUAGAACUAUAAGACGCAUAUGUAGAUUAGUAAAAUAGUAAGAGAGGGAAACCAUAAUGAAACUGAGGCUCCAAAAUCCAGACCCAUACCCAUCCACACCACAUGGUGGAAAUAUUGGCCACAUCCUUUGUGGCACCACAGAAUUGACUCAAGUUCCUGGGUGCUGCCUCCCACAAGAAUAUCACAAACGGGUGCUUUUAAAGAACAGAAAUUUAUUGUCUCAUAGUUUUGAAGGCUAGGAUUCUGAAUUCAGAGCAUUGGUAGGGCUAUGCUCUGUCCACUCGAGGAGAUCAUCCCUUGUCUCUUUCUCUUUCUGGCAGCCAUGGGCAUUUCUUGACAUUCCUUGGCUCGUAGACAGAGUCUCACACAGUGUCUUCCCCCCUGGCUAUAUGUCUCUCUGUGUCUGUUUUCCACUUCUAUAAGACACUGCUCAUAAAAGAUUAGGUUAAGAAAGGUCAACAGUUACUUUAAAACAAAGAUGAAAAGGGGGCAGGGAAACUAGAUUAAUGAAAAUGGAACAACCAGAAUGGAAAUAAUGAGAAUGUCUACACAUUGGGAAGAAUGUAACCAAAGCCACUGAACAACUUGUGUAGAAAUUGUUGAAUGAGAAACUAAACUGUUGUGAAAACCUUCACCAAAAACACAAUAAAAAAAAAUUUUUUUUAAUUAGGUUAAAGACCUACCCUCCUCCUACAUGCCCUCAUUAACAUAAGAAAACGAAAAUUUUCUUUCCAAACAAGGUCAUUUUCACAGGUACAGGAGUUAAGACUUCAACAAAUCUUUUGAGGGGUACAACUCAAUCUAUGACAAGGACUUAGGGGAAGAGUACAAAAACCUCUUGUGCCCCUUUCUUGUCACAUAGCCCGGAAUAGUUUGGCAGUGAAGAAAGAGAGUGAUUCCUCUCUAAUCCUAUGCCUUUAUCAUUAUCAUUGACGUUGUUGUUGAUGAUCUCCCAGGAAUGCACAGGGAACCUACCUACUCAGAUCAGCUCAUCCUCUUGUUGUCCCUGCAGGAUGACUCUCCACAGUUGCUCACUGUUUUGAAUUAGUAGCCUUGCUUACCCAACAAAGAUAGAACCAGUUUCUUUUUGCUUUUGUGGGGAAAAAUAUGCUCAAAAUUAGUGUCCCACAGAGAGCCCCUGAGGGAGCAGGAGAGCAGUGGGAUGCAGACCCCAAAUUCCCAUAAGACCAGACUUAAUGGUCUGACUGAGACUGGAAGGACCUCGGUGGUCAUGGCCCCCAGACCUUCUGUUGCCCCAGGACAGGAACAAUUCCCAAAGCCAACUCUUCAGACAUGGUUUGGACUGGACAAUGGGUUGGAGAGGGAUGCUGGUGAGGAGCGAGCUUCUUGGAUCAGGUGGACACUUGAGACUAUGUUGGCAUCUCCUGCGUGGAGGGGAGAUGAAGAGGGUGAAGGGGGUUAGAAGCUGGUGAAAAGGACAUGAUAAAAGACAGUAGAGGGAGAGAGCAGGCUGCCUCAUUAGGGGGAGAGUAAUUGAGAGUGUGUAGCAAGGUGUAUAUGGGUUUUUGUGUGAGAGACUGACUUGAUUUGUAAACUUUCACUUAAAGCACAAUAAAAAUUAUUAAAAAAAAAAAAAAAGUUAGUGUCCCAGACUAAUUUCUCCAUACGCAAUGGGACACUUGAAUGUAGAACAUUGUUGUUAUUGUUAGUUACCUUUGAGUCAGCUCUGACUCACGGCAACCUUAUAUACAACAGAACAAAAUGUUUAUGAUCUUUAUGAUCUUUGGUAUGUUUGAGCCCAUUAUUGUGGCUAUUGUGUCAAUCCAUCUCACUGAGGAUUUUCCUCAUUUUCACUGACCCUCUACUUUGUUGUUGUGGUUCAUUUGGUGCCUCCAAGUCGACUCUGACUCAUAGUGACGUUACGUGUAACAGAACGAAUUGUUGCCUGGUCCUGCGACAUCCUUACAAUUGUUGCUAUGUUUGAGUCCAAUGUUUCACUGUGUCCAUCCAUCUCAUUGAGCAUCUCCCUCUUUUCCACUGAUCCUCUACUUUACCAAGCAUGAUAUCCUUCUCCAGGGACUGAUCUUUCCUGAUGAUAUGUCCAAAGUAAGCUAGAUGAAGUCUCACCAUCCUCACUUCUAAGGAGCAUUCUGGCUGUACUUCCUCCAGGACAGAUUUGUUCAUUCUUCUGGCAGUCCAUGGCAUAUUCAAUAUUCUUUACCAACAUCCUCUACUUUACCAAACGUGAUGUCCUUUUCUGGCAAUUGGUCUUUCCUAGUGACAUACCCAAAGUAAACGAGUUGAAGUAUAAAGAUACUGUGCUUCUUCCCUUAUCUCUUUCUACCUGUGGUCAUCACCAGUAACUCACUGAAGCUCCCAUCUAGCAUCCAAAAUAAAAGCUGUUGCAGAGUCGAUUCUGACUCACAGCAACCCUAUAGAACAGAAUAGAACUGCCCCAUAUGGUUUCCAAGAGUGGCUGGUGGAUUCAAACUGCCGACCUCUUCUUUAGCAACCAAACUCUUAACCCCUGUGCCCAUCUAGUGUCAUGCUCUAUAAAUUUUAUCCUUGGUUUAGUUCCUCAGCCUUCAUGUAGGAAACGCCCAUAACAUGGAGCUCCAGAUUAUAGGUGAAACCACCCUAUACUUAUUCCUAUAACAUUCUAAAGAAUAUGCUAUUUUUUAUGCCACAUAUAAUUGCCUCUUUGCAUAAAGGUAAUACUGAAUGUAUUAAGCAAGCACCCAUGGUAUGCCUGUCAUUGAACCAAAAUCUCUACAAAAUUUUGCAUUGUUUGGAGGAUUGGAACGGUUCUAUACUUUUAUUUGGAGACCUGGUGGCACAGUAGUUAAGAGCUCAGCUGCUAACCAAAAGGUCGGCAGUUUGAAUCCACCAGCCACUCUUUAGAAACCCUCUGGGGCCAAUCUACUCUGUCUUGUAGGGUUGCUAUGAGUCGAAAUCAACUUUAAGGCAAAGAGUUUUAUACUUUUAUUGGUGUGGUGGUUACAUGAUUAUACGUAUUCAUCAAAACUCAUAGGACCCAACACUAAAAUGAGUGAAUUUUACUGUAAUUUUUUUUAAGUGAAAAAAUGGUGAUGUGGCAUGAGAGAGCCUCGUCUAACUUCAUGAAAAAAAAAAAAAAAAAACUUCAUGAGCAGUAAGGAUAAUCACCGUCACCCCAAAGCUGAUUCCCAUGAGGUGGAGGUCAGACAUACCGCCACUCUCCAACUUUUUACCAAUGCUGACACCAGCUGUCCCUCCCAUGGCACUAUCUACUUCUCUGCUGGGUUCAAUAACUCCUUGCAAUGACCACACAGAACUCACAGACCAUAUUCACAGUGAUGGGGCUUAUCUGGGAGGUAACAGGUCAAAGCUCAGGCUCAGAAACAGCCCAAGACACAGCUCUUCCGUCAGGAAAGCUUCUCAGCCAUGCCUGCAGGCAGCCCUCACCCUCUGCCCCUUGGCCCCUCUGCCCCUGCCUUGCUUAAGUGUUACAAAGCUCUUUAGCUCUGCCAGCAAGUACCUGGAGGCACUCCACUUCACCAGGAGAACUAUUCUCAAAGGUGUUACAGUGCGAGGGAUUGCCUUCAUAUGGCUUUUCUUGCCAUGAUCUUCUAACACCCACCAAGUGAUUAGGUGGCACUAUGCAAAUAAAGUGCUUGUGGACCACUCAGAGGAUUGGACAGCUUGCUAUUAAUGCAAAUAAGGUUUAUGGCAGUGGGACCAUGCAAAUAAGGUGUAUGGAAUCCUAACGAGGGGAUUGUUCAGUUUUGCCAUCCUGCUAGGCUUAACAUGAGCUAUUCCAGAGGCAGAAUGAAGGGACCUCACUAUCACCAAGAAGAAGAGAUGGGAGCAGAGCACAUCCUAUGGACCCAGGGUCCCUGCACUGACAACAUCCUAGAUCUAGGAGACAGAGAGAGAGAGGGAGCUAUAAAAUGGAAGACAGAGAGAAAUGGUGGUACUGCAGUAGCACCAGCAAUAGCAGCAUGAGACAGCAGGAACCAGGAGACUGGUAUGAGAAGGCUGUGGUGAGGCUUGCUGAACUACGGAGCUAAGAGUUGUUAACACUUGCCUGAGAGGGCCCUCAGCAGGGCCCAGGAGCAGAAGGUGAAAAGAAGAUGACUUUAUCAAGCACUGUAUCCUGAGUUGUUCCCCUUGCUUCUGAGUUGUUCCUGAUCCUGAGCUGUACCAUUACUUCCCUAAUAAACUACUCAAACUGUAAGUACAGUUUGUGAGUUCUGUAAGGUGCAGCGAAUUAUGGACCCCAAAGGUAAGAGGCGGAGUACUGAGGGGGAGGGUGAGUAGUUGAUGUUAGAGAUGAAGGAGUGGUACAGUGAUUUGGAAAAGCUGGACAUUCGGCACAUCUUUAACCUCCACCUCAUAGGAACCAGCAAAAAAUUAUUCAUUUAAGUGUUCAGCUUUCUCGCUCUGUGUGUCGGCAGGCCUAGCUCUGCUGACAAGUACCGGGAGAGACCCCACUCUGCCAGCAAGCCUCCUGCCUGAAGGCUGUCAUCUCUCUCGCUCCGUGGGUCAGCAUGCCCUGUAGCCACCUUGUGCCGUGUGCUGGGAAGCUCACUGUGCCAUUUCGUGCUGGUCUCCCGGCUCUGCUGCCACUAUUUCUCUGCUGCUGCUCCUUUGCUGCUGCUUCUCUGCCACUACUUCUCGCCAUCUUGCACCAUCUUCAAUGUUACAGCACUAUCUGUCUCCUGGGUCUAGGUAGUUCUCAGAGCAUGGACCCUGGGUUCAAAGAACACUCUCCACUCCUAGCUCCUUCUUGGUGGUAGUGAGAUUCUCCCCUUUCCACCUCUGGGAUGGCUCAUUUUAAGCUUAGCAAGAUGGCAAAGCUGACCAAUCCCCUCAUUAGGGUUCCAUACACCUUAUUUGCAUGACCCACCCCACAAGGGUGCCAGACACCUUAUUUGCAUUAUUAGAAUGCUGUCCAAUUCCCUUGGAGCCAAAGCACCAUAUUUUCAUAGUGCCACUCAAUCAUUUUUUGGGAGUCACAAGACCAUGCAUGACUAGAAGGGCCAUAUCAAAUAAUUCACUGCACCACAAAACCCUUAUUUUUUUAUGAUUCUCAGGGCUUUUGUGUGUGUGAAAAUAUACAUGGUCAUACACCAUUAUAACAAUUUCUACAUGUAAAAUUCAGUGACAUUGAUUACAUUCUUCAGGUUGUGCAAAUGUUCUUAUCAUCCUCCAAAUUGUUCCACCACCAUUUACUUAAACCCACUGCCCUGUAAGCUUUUCAUCUAACGUUUCCAGUUACUGUUGUCAAUUUGAUCUUAUAUAGAUGACUCUUUAGAAGAACACAAUGCUCAAGGCAGACAUAUUUUACUUAUUAAGAUAAGCCAUUUUUUGAUUCAAAGAAGACUUCAGUGGAUAGCUUGGGUUUAAGGUUUAAAGAUUAUCUCAGAGCAAUAGUUUUGGGGGGUUUAUCCAGCCUCAAUAUCUCCAGGAUUCCACUGAGUGAUUCUCAGGUUUUUGUUCUGUACACUGCUCCAUGCCUUCCCUGGGCAUAAUGUUCACAUUUCAGAAUGUAGAAGUGGAACCAGAAAUGGGUUUCAGGCCAGACAAACAACCAUUAGUUAGACCACACAUGUGGUCAGAAGUGUCAUAGAUGCCAUGCUCUUUUAUCCCUCAGACCCCGUGGUCAGGAGUGGAGGGAAAGCUGUGAACCUUUUUCUAAGAAAGUCAGUGUGAAAGUCCCAUGGUGAUUGGUGCUGGGCCUCACCUACCACAUCCUGUGUGUCCCCUGGCCUGCUGGACUUUGGUCCUCAACCAGCUGCUCCACAUUCGCCUGGCAGAAUCUGUGUGCUAUGCCGUCUACACUCACUGCUCUGCUCUGCCUCGGUGAGCUCUUGUGUGGAAGGAAGAUGGAGUCCAGAGGACUGGUUGAGGAUACUCUUGUGAAACCCACCAUUUGGGCCAAGCCCAAUUCCAUAAUUCCCAAGGGAAGACCAGUGACUAUCUGGUGCCAGGGAAUCCAUGAUGCUAUUGAGUACCACCUGCUUUUUAAGGGGCAACUUUAUUCCUUAGAGAGACAGAAAUCACAUGGAUUGAUGAACAAAGUCAGGUUCCGCAUCCCGGCCAUGACAUUACACACUGCAGGGCGUUACAGCUGUGUCUAUCUGAGUGGGGAGUUCUGGUCAGAGCCAAGUGACCCCCUGGAUCUGGUGGUAACAGGGAUGUAUGACAUACCUACCCUCUCAGUGCAACCCGGGCCUGAGGUGGUCUCAGGAGAGAAUGUGACCUUCCACUGUCAUCUGGGGACUGCAACAAACACAUUCUUUCUGCUCAAGGAGGGAAGAUCCAGCAGCCCACAGCGAAAAUAUGGGAAAAAUCAGGCAGACUUUCCCAUACACUCUAUAACGCCAGCCCACAGAGGGACUUACAGAUGCUUUGGCUCUUAUAAUGACUUUGCAUGGUCUUUGCCCAGUGCACCUGUGAAGCUCCUGGUGGCAGGAUUUAUUGGAGACAACAGUUCUGCACCUACAGAGCCCACCUCUUAUGAUGACUCUUGGGACCUCUACCCUUCAACCACAGAGACAGAAUUACAGAAGGAGCUUACUUUCUGGGAUCACACCGCCCAGAAUCUCUUUCGGAUUGGCAUGGCUGUGAUCAUCCUGGUGGCCAUAGUAGGUCUGCUGGUUAUGGACUGGCUCAGCAGGAAAAGGACUCAAGAGAGAGCCAUCAGGGCUUCAAGUUGGGAACACAGGAGAAGGUUUAGAGCACAAAGACCCCUCAACAAACGACCAAGAGGUGCAGUGGCCACAAGUAGAGCUGAAAGCUGAUCCUUGAGCUUGGGCUGUGUGAGCUCUGUGUUGGACCUAUGGAAUAGGGUGUCACUGCAGGAAAUAUGGGACAACUGUACAGAGGGAAGCAGGGAGGGAGGGAUAAGGACUGCCCAAUUUUUUGUUAUAAAGGUUUCUUGGAAACACUCAUGCAACAUUUUCAUUUAUUUCUCAGUGGUCAGGUAAUAGUUUGCCUCAUCUAGAAGCAAGGUGGGUUUGGAAAAGUAGUCUUUACUUCAGGUGACUAGGUUGCAAGCUAAAUAUUGGUACUUCUAUUAUUAGUGAGGAUUCCCAGGAUGGUGUACACGGUUAACGUGCUCAGUGCUAACCGAAGGGUUGGAGGUUUGAGUGCACGCAGAGAUGCCUCAGAAGAAAUGCCUGACAGUCUACUUCUAAAACAUUAGCCAUUUAAAACCCUAUGGAGCACAGUUCUGCUGUGACAUACAUGGAGUCACCAUGAGAUGGCAUCUGGUACUGGUUUUAUGUAGAUAGAUAGAGAUAUAUUUGUAUUUAUAUAAAUAUAUGUUAUAUAGCAGCCCUGGUGGCACAGGUCAGGCUGCUAGCCAAAAAGUCGGCAGUUCAAAUCCACCAGCUGCUCCAUGGAAGCCCUAUGGGGCAGCUGUACUCUGUCCUAUAAGGUCGCUAUGAGUUGGAAUCGACUGGACAGCAAGAAAUUUGUCAUUUUGGUUUUUAUGUUUAUAUAAUACAUACACAUAUACCUAUUGGUAAAGUAGCAGGUAAGCAGAGGAAGACCCUCAACGAGAUGGAUUGACACAGCGGCUGCAACAAUGAGCUCAAAAAUAGCAAAGACCACAUGGUGCAGACCAGGCAGCCUUUGGUUCUGUUGUACUUAAGGUAUGAGUCAGAACCAGCUCCACGGCACCUAACAACAACUUAUAUGUAUACAUUUAAAGGGAUUUACUUUAAGGAAUUCACUCACAUGAUUGUGGGGCUGGCAAGUCUGAAACCCAUAGGGCAGGUGACAGGUUGGAAAUUCAGGUAAAAGUUAAUGUUGCAGUCUUGAGUCCAAAAUCCAUAGAGCAGGCAGCAGGCUGGAAACUCGGGCAGGAUUUCUAAGUUACAGUCUUGAGGCAGAAUCCUUCUCCAGAAAAUCUGAUUUUGCUCUUAAGGCCUUCAAAUGAUUGAAUUGUACCUACCCAGAUCACCACGGGCCAUCUCCUUUACUUAAAGUCAAUUGAUUGUGGAUAUUAAUCAAAUCUACAAGAUACCUUCACAGCAACAUCUAGACUACUAGUGUUUGAUCAAACAGCUGAGCACCAUAGCCUAGCAGGAUUGACAAAUAAAUUAGCCACCACACCCUCUGUUUGUCCAAAGAAGUGGGAAGUAUCUCCUUCUUAGCAGUGUUAUAAAGACGUGAGGUCAGCAAUCCACAAUUAUCGUUUCCACCAUCGCCACCAAUGGGACCUAAGUUCUCCAACUCUGAGUUAGAAGCAGGGGCUAAAGCUUUAGAAAAUGGACAUGAUCAUAUGGAAGGAUGCCCAUCCCUCUACCCUUACUGGAGCCCUGGUAGUCCAACAGUUAAGCACUUGGCUGCUAACCAGUAGGUUGACGGUUCAAACCCACCCAGCAGCUCCACUGGAGAAAGACCUGAAGAUCUGCUCCCACAAAGAUUAUAGCCUAGAAAACCCUAUGGGGAAGUUCUACUCUGUCACAUGGGGUCACUAUGAGUCACAAUUGACUCGCCGACACGCAACAACUCUCCUUCCUGGUCCACGGAGCCAGAGACCAAUUUCUCUGGAAUAUAACCCACACUGGCAAUAUCCAAUUUUUCCUCCUCAACACGCUGGGAACUGGUUUCUCUCUCCACACUUCUUCUGACGCUUCUGCUGUCACAUACAUUAAUGAGCUUCCUGGAACAUGCCGUGGACACGUCUAAGCCCUUAUCUUUGUUUAUCUGUAAGUUGUGUUCAACACUUGACCACAUCCUCCUAGAAAUAACCACUUUACUGGCUUCCUCUGAAACCUCUCGACUUAUUUUUCUGAUACUUCCUGCACCAUCAGGUAUUAUUUUUUAUUGAGGUGAAAUUCACAUAGCCUAAAAUUAACCAUUUUAAAGUGAAUGAUUUAAUGAAUUUAGUACAAACCACCAGUUCUAGCUGGUUCCAAAACAUUUUCAUCACCUCAAAAGAAAGCACCAAACCCUUAAACAGUUUCACCCCAUUUUCCCUCUCUCCCCAACCCCUGGAAACCACCAAUCUAUGUUCUGUCUCUAUGGAUUUACCUAUUCUAGACAUUUCAUGUAAUUGGAAUGGUAAAAUAUGUGCUGUUUUAGUUAUCUACUGCUGCUGUAGUAGAAAUACCACAAGUGGGUGGCUUUAAUAAACAGGAAUUUAUUUACUCACAUUUAGGAGGCUAGAAGUCCAAAUUCAGGGUGUCAGCUGUAGGAGAAGGCUCUGUCUGUCUACUUUGGGGGGAAAAUCCUUGUCUCUUUCAGCUUCUCUUCCUCAGUUUCUUGGUGAUCUCCACAGGGCAUCAAUCUUUCCCUAUUUGUGCUUCCUUGCUUCUGUGCGUAAUCCAUUCCUUUUAUAUCUCAAAAGUGAUUGGUUUAAAACACACCCUACAUUGAUAUAGCUUCAUUAACAUAACAAAGAAAACCUAUUCCCAGAUGGGAUUACAUCCACAGGCAUAGGGGUUAGGAUUCCAACACAUACUUUAGGGGACACAGUUCAGUCCGUAACAGUGACCUUUUGUGUCUUUCUCCUCUCAAGCAGCGUUUUCCAGGUUCACCCAUGUUGUAGCAUGUAUCUGGACUUCAUUCCUUUUUGUGGAUGAAUGGAAUAUUGCAUUGUAUGGAUAUACAACAUUUUGAUUACUCAUUCAUCUGUUGUAAAUUUUAUUCAGAGAGGAACUCAAUCUAUUGUCCCUAUGUCUAAGUACCUACAAUAGAGCCUGGAACAGCAGGGGAAGGAUGGUUAGAGACACUACGUACAGAUAUGCAGAUGGGGCAGCUCUGUGAGGCAAUAGCUAAGUCAGGCUUGAUUAGCUAUUCUGGAUAUGUCAUAGAAAUGGAAUCAUACAAUGUGUUGCUGUUGUUGCUUACUGUUGUUGAAAGAGAUACACAGCAAAACAUAUACCAAUUCAACAAUUUCUACACGUACAAUUCAGAGACAUUGAUUACUUUCUUCAAGUUGUGCAGUCAUUCCCCCCCUCCUUUUCUGAAUUGUUCCUCCCCCAUUAACAUAAACUCAGGGCCCCCUAAGCUUCUUUUCUGAUCUUUCCAGUUGCUGUUGUCAAUUUGAUCCCAUGUAGCUAGUUCUUCAAAUGAACAGGAUGGUCAAGGCAAAUAUUCUUUACUAAAUAAACUAACUGCAAUGCAGUGAAUUACUUAAUACAGCCUUUGAGCCAUGCAUGGUGUUAUACCUCCCACAAUGAUUGGGUGGGACUAUAAGAACAAGGUGCUUGUGACCCACCAAGAGGAUUGGACAGCUUGCAAACAAUGCAAAUAAGUUGCAUGGAACCCUUGUAGGGGUGGGACCAUGCAAAUAAGAUGUAUGAAACCCUAAUGAGGGGAUUGGUCUGCUUUGCCAUCCCACUAGGGUUAAAAGAUAGAAAAUCCCAGGGGGGAGGGGGUGGUUCUUACUACAACCAAGAAGAAUAGACAAGAGCAGUGCACAUGCUUUGGACUCAGGGUCUGUGCACUGAGAACCUCCUAGGCCCAGGGGACAGAGACAGAGAACUGUAACACCAGAGACAGCAAGAAGUGGCAGCAGAAAAAUGGUGGCAGCAGAACCAGGAGACCGACACAAGAUGGCUUGGUGAGCUUCCCAGCCUACAGAGCAAGGGGGCUACAGUGGAUGUGCUAACCUAUGGAGAGAAAGAGCUGAGUGCUUUUGGGCCGUGGUGGAGUGGAGUACAUCCAGGCACUAGGCGGAGCUGGGGUUUGCUGGCCCAUGGAGCAAAAGAACUGAGGGCCUUCAGAUAAGAGGUUUCCUGGCAGAGUGGGGUGUAUCCAGCACUUAGCAGAGCUAAAGAGCUCUUUGUAAGAUUUACGAGAGCAGGACAGGGGCCAAGAGGCUGAGGGGCUGAGGGGCUGAGGGCCAGAGAGAGGCCUGCCUGUGAGCAUGGCUGAGAAGAAGCUCUUUAGAUGGAAGAACUGUAUCCUGAGUUGUUCUUGAUCUGAAUGUAACCUGUUACUUCCGUAAUAAACCCCAUAAUCGUGAGUAUUGUUUGUGAGUUCAGUGUGGCCAUUGCAACGAAUUAUUAAACCCAGCAAAGAAGUGGAGUGCCGUGAGAGGGACGGCUCGUGUCAGAACUGGUAAAAAGGUUGGAGGGUGGAGGUGUUUGAUCUCCACCCCAUAGGAAUCAGCCACGGGCUGAUGUUGACCUUGAUUCUCUCUCCUUCCCCUUGUGAAGUUAGUGGAGGGCUGACGCACCACACCAUUUUAACACUAACUUAUUGUUUGGUUUAAAGAAGACUUCAGGGAAUAUUUUUGGUUUAAGGUUCAAAGAUUAUCUCAGGGCAACAUACAAUGUUUUAAGUUUCUUCUUUUAUGGCCCAGCUCUCCAACAACAGUUCUCUUUAGGGUUCUAUAGUAGAUCCACCAUUCACUGGUUGGCCUCAUCCAACCCUGUGGUUUCAGUCUGUCUAAGAUUGAGACUCAAAUUUGUUUCUCUGAGCUCCAAUUUUCUCCAGAGCCCCAGGUUGUUUUUACCAGCCUCUUCCAACCAACCCAAAAGGAUAAUUUCUUUUAUAAGCAUCAGCACGAAGCUGGUUCCCAUGAGGCGGAAUGUAAAAAUGGCAUGGGGGAGGCUUCUGACCUCCUCUAACUUUACAAGGGAGAGGGAGAAUCAAGAUCAACAGCCCAAGGCUGAUUCCUAUGAGGCAAAGGUCAGACGAAACUCCUAUCGCAAGCCCUUUUUACCAAUUCUGACAUUAUCUGUCCCUCCCACGGCACACUCUACUUCUCUGCUGAGUUCGUAAUUCAUUGCAAUGGCCACACAGAACUUGGACAAUACUCAUGAUAACAGGGUUUAUUAAGGAAGUGACAAAUUACAGGUCAGGUUCAGGAAUGCUGAGGAUACAGCUCUUCCAUCAGGACAGCCUCUUUUCAGCCAUGCCAACAGGCAUGCCUCUCUCUGGCCCCCUGGCUUGUCCCCUGCUCAGGCAAGUAUUACAAAGCUGUUUUAGUUCUGCUGAUAAGUGCCCAGAGGCACCCCACUCCAUCAGUAAGCCUCGGCCCAAAGGCGCUCAGCUCUAGCUCUGUGAGUCAGCAAACCUAGUUCCAGCAAGUACCCAGAGGCACCCUACUUGAACAGCAAGCCUCCUACCAGAAGGUGCUCAGCUUUCUCACUCUGUAGGCUGGGAAGCCUACCACACCUUCUCCUGCCAGCUUCCUGCAGGUCUCCUGCAGUUUCCUGCCAGUCUCUUGGUUCUGCUGCCAUCCUUUCUCUACUGCCACUUCUCACCAUCUUCAUGUUCCAACUCUCUCUUUGUCUCCUGGUUCCAGGAACUCCUCAGCACUCCACUCCUAGUUCUUCUUUCUUGCUGGUGGUGAGAUCCACUCUUCCCGCCUCUGGGAUGGCUAGCAGGAUGGCAAAACCGACCAAUUCCCUUGGGUCUUUGAAGAUGUAAUCAGCUAACAUGAGAUCAUACUGGAGUAGAGCAGACCCCAAUCCAAUCUGAGUGCUAUCCUUAUAAAAGAGGAGAGACACACACGGAGAGGAAGGAUGGCCACGUGAAGAUGGAAGAUGCAUCUAAAAUCCAAGGAACACUUGGGGGUACCAGAAGCUAGGAGAGACAAGAAAAGAUCUUCCCCUAGAGAUUUCAGAGAUCAUGGCCAGCCAACACACUGACUUGGACUCCUAGCCUCCAGAACUGUGAGAUAAUAAAUUUCUGCUCUUAUAACCCAUCCAGUUUGAGGAAGUUUUUUUACAACAGCCACAGGAAACUAAUACAACCCUCAACUUGCUGCUCUCAGACAAACAACUCACAGCCCCCAACCCACCCUGUCUUCCUGUCACUUUGAACACGGCAUCCUCCUCUGGUCUCAGAGUCAUCUCACCCAGCCAAUUACUCACCUCCUUUAUCCCAGCUGUUAAAAAAAAAAUCAAACUCACUGAAAUUUGAACAUAAGGUUUAUUCUGAGCUGUUAUUCUAUAUGCAUAUAACCAAAAACUCAUUGCCAUUGAGUCGAUUCUAACUCAUAGUGACCCUAUAGGACAGAGUAGAACUGCCCCAGAGUUUCCAAGGAGUCCCUGGUGGACUUGAACCACUGACCUUUUGGUUAGCAGCAACAGCACUUAACCACUACGCCACCAGGGUUUCCAUACACUUAUAGGGAGGCCAUUUUGAUUGCAGAAAAAGCAAAUGGAUCCAAGAAGCUAGGUACAAUGAGGCUUAUAAAGAGAAAACCAAAAAAAAAAAAAAAAACCAAACCUACUGCCAUGGAGUUGAUUCUGACUCAUAGCAACCCUAAAGGACAGAGUAGAACAGCCCCAUAGGGCUUCCAAGGAGUGCUUGGUGGAUUUGAACUGCCAACCUUUUAGUUAGCAGCUGUAGCUCUUAACUACUACACCACCAGGGUUUCCCUACAAAAAGAAGAGGGAGAAAUAAAGAUCAACCAGUGGCUAAUCUAAACAUGAUUGAACUCUGCCCUCCUCCUUCAUUGAGAUCCACCUGUAGCAGGUUACUUCUGGCCUGGCUGCCAAUUUGGCCCACUGCCUACCUGUAGCCUUGAAGCUUUUUGAGAUUUAAAUUAGAAUGAUUUGACAAUUAUUCUUUUUAAGCAGGGUAAGACAAAUUUACAUUGCUCUAGAGUAGCUUCUGGCAGGCUUUUGCAGUUUGGGUCAGGCUUUUCAUGGUGUUUGGUUUCACGGAUAAGAAAAACCUUAAAAUCAAAGUACGAUGUCAUUAUUAAUUCUCCUAUUCAACACAGCCUUUGAUUUUCUCCUUGCUGCAACCUAUAAAAAAAAAAAAAAAAAUUUUUUUUUUUUUUUUGCAACCUAUAUACAUGGUAAAAUCAUUCCCUACUUAAAAAAAAAAAAAAAUCACCUAAGGAAUGAUCUCCAAACAAAAUUUUUGACUCCACAAUGUCCUUGAGUUGGCCUUCCCACACCUCUAUUCCUCUUCAAACUCCCUAGAAUAGUCCUUUACAAUCAUAGUCUAUACUAGCUCACCUGCUACUAUUUAUCAUACAAGGAUUUUAUCUCUAAUACACUCUGCAAAUGGUUUUGACAUUUGAUUUUCUAGAAGUCAUCCUUCACGCUUUUAUCCUGCUUGAUUAUUCAUCUGAGUUUGAUACCGCUGAUCUUUUUUAACUUCCUUCUGGUGCCUUUGAUUAGCCUCUAAGACCAAUGCUAUCCUUAUUGCUGGUGCCUUGUUCUUGGAUUUCACAAUUUUCAGUCUAUACUUCCAAAAUUUAUCUUCUCAAAUUAUAUAAACAUUACCUGGAUGAUCUUAUCCACCCCCUUGAAAAAGAACAUAAUUCCAGUUCUCUACAAAUAAGCACAACUAACUGGAAGCCAAGAUUCAGGAUAUUUCCUGGACUUCUAACCCCACAUUUCCCCCAAAUUAAUGGCCUACGGUGUUUAUUAUCUUUCGGCAGAGAAAAUUGUCUAAGCCAAGGUUUCUCAACUUGUGGCAGUAUUGACAUUUGGGGCUGGGCAAUCCUUUGUUGUGGGGGGCUGUCUUGGGCAUUGUAGGAUGUUUAGCAGCGUUCCUGACAUCUGCCCACUAGAAGCCAAAGCACAAGUAGUUGUGUCAAAAAAAAAAAUCCAGAAUAAGCAAAUUCAUAGACACGGAAAACAGAUUAGUAAUUGCCAGAGGAAGAAGUAAUGGGUAAGACUGAUUAAUGGUUACAGGGCUUCCUUUCAGGGUGAUGAAAUACUUCUGGAACUACAUAGAGAUGGUUUGCACAACGCUGUGGAUGUCCUAAAUGCCACUGAAUUAUAUACUUUAAAAUGGUUAAAAUGGUAAAUUUUGUGUAUUUUUUACAACACACAUCUCCAGACACUGCCAAGUGUUGCCUAGGGGACAAAAACCACCGCCAGUUAAGAACCACUGCCUUACUCUAUAGUAAUGAAUGACAGACUGCGGGGAUUUUCAACUUUGGCCCUAUUGAUAUUUGGGGUUGGAUAAUUCUGUGAAGGCUGUCCUGUGCAUUGUAGAAUGUUUAGCAGCAUCCCAGACCUCUACCCAAUGGAUUUCAGCAGCACCCUCUAGUUGUGACAACCAGGAAUGUUUCCAGACAUUGCCCAAUGUCCCUGGGAUGGCAAAUCACCUCCAUGGAGGACCACCGAUCUACAGUUCCUAAAAGGCUAUGCUGUUUUGCCAAAAAAAAUUUUUUUUUAAUUUACAAAGUGAGCUACAAGAGAGAUCAGUCUUUACCGAUCUGAUGAACACUGGUUUCGAUUCUUGGUCUGGUUAUUAGAGGUUUUGUCAAUUCAAAUCAUUGAAUCCCCUUCCUCCAUUUGUUUCCUUAUUUAACAGAUAAAAUACAAUAAAACCUGGGAAAACUGGAACCUGAGUAAGGUGGAAACCUGUUAGAGAAGGAAAACUCAUCCAAUAUUUUCCAUUAAAAAAAAGAGAUAGGAAAGUGGUAGGACACAACCCCUUCAAAGGUGGAGAACCUUGUGAGUCCUGUUGAGUUCCAGCUCUUACAGGUUUCACUGCAAUAACAGGAUCUUAAAUUGCUGCAAAGGUUUCAAUGAAAAUGUAUUAAAAAUAUCCAAUAAAGUACCUGAUCCAGACAUGUUUUCAAUCAUGACCUCCUCCUUCCACUAUGUUUGUAUCUUUGUUUUAAACUUAAAUCUUAUCCAUCAGCUUUGUACCCAAGUAGAACACUGACUUUUGACUCAAUCCCACCUACGAUAAUGUGAUCACUUCCCCAAUCCAUACGCAAAUCUGUACUGGAAUAGAAAAAAAAUGGAAGGAAAUAAUCGUCUAUGAGCUUCAAGGACCCCUGGUGGUACAAUAGUGAAGUGCUUUUCGCUGCUAACCAAAAAGUUGGCAGUUCAAACCCACCCAGCACCUACUCAGCAGACAGACCUGGUGGCCUGCUCCCAAAGAUUACAGCCAAGAAAACCCUAUGGGGCAGUUCUACUCUCACACACACGGUCGUUCUGAGUUGGAAUCAAUUCAACAGCGCCUAACAGCAACAUGAGCUUCUCAGUAAUACGUUUUCGUAGGCUAAGCACACUAAGAAUAAAGUUUACUCUAAGUCAGUUCUUGGGCAGAGGGCAUAUUAAUAAAUGUACCUUCAAACAAAAUGCUUUAAUUUUUAUUUAUUAUCCUUUAUAUCCUAUGUGAGAUAACAUUUUGAUAUGAAUGUGGGUACAUGAUUGGUAAAGAAUUUGCUAUAAAUCAGAACAAGAAAGAAAACCAACACUAAAGUCUACUUUUUAGAGUGUGAUUCACAUUUGAUUCUGUUUUAUAAAGAGAUCAGAUUCCCCCUUCCAGACAUGCAACAAGUAGAGAAUGACUCAGGGUGUUCAGGAAAGAAAAUCACAACGCAAGGGCUUGUCUGUCCUGGCAUCACUGCAUUCAAUCGUCAGCUGUGGGUUCCUUUC